AUGGGUAUUGGCAACUUGAUGAAUCAAAGAGGUGCCGCUAUGCAACACAUUCACAACGGAACUACUCCCGAACGUCAAAUGCAUCAACUCCCCCAACUCACCGCAAGAAACAUGCCCGAACCACCUAUGGACCGUGCCGGCUCUCCCCACGGCUCCGAAUACUCUCAACACUCUCGUCACACAAUGGAAGGCGUCCCGCGUUCCUACCCUUCACCCAGCGCCAUGGUCGGCGCUCCGAUGCAGAUGCAGAUGCCUGUCUCCCACAUGGGACCAGGCCCUGUAAUCCUGCCCGGAAUCCCUCAGCAUGAUAUGUCUCAGGGCAUGCCUCAAUACAAGGCACCCGAGCAGCAGGCACCUCAGCAGCCCACCAAGGCUUACCCGUGCAGCACAUGCGGCAAGGGCUUUGCUCGCCGAAGUGAUCUUGCCCGUCACGAACGUAUCCACAGCGGAAUCCGUCCUCAUGUUUGCGAUUUCCCCAACUGCGGAAAGCAGUUCAUCCAACGAUCUGCUCUCACUGUCCAUCAGCGAGUCCACACCGGAGAGAAGCCUCACAUGUGUGAGCGAUGUGGCAAGCCUUUCAGCGACAGCAGUUCCCUGGCACGCCACCGUCGUAUCCACUCCGGCAAGCGUCCGUACAAGUGCCCGUAUGCCGAUUGUCAGAAGACGUUCACUCGCCGUACUACCCUGACCAGGCAUCAAAACCACCACACCGGUACAGUAGAGGAGGCCGCUGCGGCCACCGCUGCUGCUCUGGCUGCUCGUGGAGCCACUGGCAAGCCGAACACGACUCGUUCUGAUGGAGAUGCCAUGUCCAACCGUGGAUCGCCUCUCACCACGCCUUCGCCUGGCCAGCGCACCCUCUCGAUGUCUCCCAGUGCCGACAGCAUGCACCGUGCCAACUCCGAGUUCCAGUACAUGGGCAACAGCUCACUUCCGGUUCACCUGCAGCGAGACAUGCACGUUGGCAGCCCGGCAUCGACAUCUUCUGGGGGCUACAAUACUGGUAUGCGACCUACCUCGCACCCCACCAGCUACGGACCACCUCCGACGCUCGAGCCCAGCGUCGAGCAGCAUUCCGGCCCCGGCAGUGCUGGCGGUAGCCCUCACAUGGGCUCCGUCGGAUGGCAGUCUCCGUCGCACGUGCCAUCGCCCUCGCACAGCAGCAACGGUGGUGGCUAUACUUACCCCGACCCCGACGCCUACCCCUCUGCGCCUUCGCUCGGUGGCCAGAUGUUCUACGGCAACCCAGCUCAGGUUCGCCGCCCUCAGAGCACCGAGCCUCCCGCUGGCGCCUACGAUAUUAAGGGUCGUCAAGGCGAGCUGUGGGCAGGUGCCCAUUAG